AUGUCCAUCUAUCUAUCUAUCUAUCUAUCUAUCUAUCUAUCUAUCUAUCUAUCUAUCUUAGUGUUCAUGAAUAUCUAUCUAUCUAUCUAUCUAUCUAUCUAUCUAUCUAUACAUCUCAUUCGAACUAAUCUUUCCUCUCUCUUUAUUUCACUAUCUUUUUCUCACUGUCUCUCACUCUUUUACUUUCUCUCUUACCAUCUCUUUCUCACUUUCUCCUGCUCUUUCAUUUUCUUUCUUUCCAUUUCUCCUUGUUUCCCUUUCCCCAUCUCUCACUUUCUCUCACUCCCUCUCCUUCUCCACUUUCUAUCGCUGUUCUUUCGUAUUUCACACUUUCCCUACUCCCAUUUAACUAUUUCCAUCUCUCUCUCUCUCUUUUAUUUUCCACCUGGUUUUCUUUUAUACUCUCUUUUUCUCUCCUUCUUAUCAUUAUCAACUAAUUUUCUCUUAAUUUCUUUCUCUCUUAGUCCUACUCAUUUCUCAUUUUCUCCUUACUUCUUUCUCAUCUUCUCUUAUUCUCUUUUCACUCUCUUACUGUCAUCCUCUUUUUCUAUCUUACUCUCUCAUUUUCUUUCUCACUUUAUUUCUCUCUUUCUUAUGCUCUAUCUUUCUCACUCUUUAGUUAAACUAUUCUUAUUUGUUUUUCUUCCUUUUUUAUGGGUUUUUGUUGUUUUUCAGUUGAGAUUUUAUCCUGAGAUAUACUUUUUUUUAUUUUUAAAUUAA